AUGCCUGAUAACACGGGACGCGAUGCUCGCAUGAAGAAGGAGGAACUUCCUACCGAGCAGGACAACAGGAAACAGAUCAUGGACAUGUUGACCAAACUAAUGAAAGCCACCAGCCUCAACGAUAACAACGCGCAGGUGAUUGGUUUCUUGAUGCCCGCCACGGAUAACGAACCGGAAAAGUUUGUUGAGCUGUCUGACUUGGAAUGUUCGCUCGAAGACAUGGCACUGGUGCAUGAAAUUGCCAUCAACGACAAGUUUAAAUUGAAGCCACCACAACCGAACACGCUGCUCUCCACGGUACAGACAACGAUGCGCGAUGCGUACUGGAAUAUGUUGCGUGCAGAGCUAACGCAGAGUCCACCGUGCUACACGAUGGUGAUCCAGCUACUACUGGAUAUAAAAGAAGCAUUUAAAGCGUUGCUGACCGGCAACAAUGAUCGUGCUCUGCAUGCCAUUCUGAACGUGCUGAAUGAGGACAAUAUUCGCCAGCUAGCCGAUGAGCACGGCAGUGCCUUGCUGAAGCACAACGCAGAGUUCAUCAUCAAAAUCAUGGGCAUGGCUUGCUGUCCAGCGCGUGACGCCGAGGUUGCAGCAUUGAAGCGCAAAACAGAUCCGUUCACACAGCUGCGCGGUAUUAUGGAAGUGCUGGAUAAUAUGAAGCUUGAUAUGGCCAACUUUGUGCUGGCCAACACUCGGGCCCAGUUCGUGCGCUACUCAGUCGAGUACGAGCGCAAGAAAUUUGGCGAAUUGCAGUCCAUCUGCAAUAACCACUUCCCCGACACUAUGGCCUGGUUGAAGCGUAAUAAACCAUCAAAAGUGGACAAACCAUCAGUCGAAGGUGAGGAAGCGGCUGGUGGUCCAUCCUUCCGGCAGGAAGCUCGCACGAUUCAGCUGAACGAUGUUCAGAUGCCGGAUUACUAUAUUCUUGCGUACCAGGAGUAUCUUCAGCCGGACACAACGUACCCAAUUCCAGAGCUGCUGAAGCUGGACCAUGAGCGCAUGGUGCAGCUGAAGGAGCGGGCUUUGCGCAUAUGUACAUGCGCCACCGUAAUACAGCUAACAUAUACGUUUUUUUGGAAGCCAGUCGACUUUCCGAAACGCCAAGAUUUGGCUGCCAAGCUGGCCAUCAUCAGCAUGGACUAUCCUGCAAAGACCGACCUGAAGGAUUUGCUGGAACACCUAUGGCUGCAGGUGCGGAUUAGCAUUUUCAACCAGUGGGAAAAAUCGCAGAUCAAUGCCGCGAUGGGCGCGCUGCAGCUAAACAUUCUAUCCAUCAACAGCACGAUGCCGGUGUACAGCAUCAUUUGGCGUAAGCUGAUGGUAUAUAUGAAGGCGUUGAUAAUGAACGAAAAGGAGGAGAACGUGGCUUUCCCUGACCCUUUCCUCGACUAUCGUUCGGAGACGGUACAGAUUGCAGGACUUUUCAAACGGAUCGUUGCGCAUAACUUUGAGGUGUAUGGCAACUUUUACCAAAAGUCUAUGCAGGAAUGUUAA